AGUCGACGUGCGCACGCCGGAUCUUGGUCUCCGAGUGUAGGUCGUCGACGUCGCCGACGCUCGCCUCCUUUCGUUCGAUGUCUGACGCCCGGCUCCGUAGUGUGGCGCAUGAAUCAAAGCCGAGGCACCGGCGGUGGAAUCCAAUCGUGCCGAUGAGAGGGCCUCAUACAAUUUCUCAUACUGCUUGAGCUCGCUCGUUCUCUGCAUUGCAAUCGCAAGGCGGCCCAGCGCCGGAUUCCCGCUGCAUACUUUAUUCCAGCCUAAAGCGCUGGUGCGAGGUGCCUCGCAUGUUUUUGUGGUUCGCCUUUGCGGGGUCUCACGUUGCACUGUCGCUGACGCGGUCGGUCGGUGACUCGGGCGCCAGUCAAGGCCACAAGGGCAACGAAAGGUUCAAGCCCCGUCACUUUUUGGCGACCGGGUCUCGCAGGCCCAUUCCGCAACCUUCCAGCACCACAGCAAGCCUACCAACAACCCCGCCACCCGCCACUAUGGGAGUGCAGCCUCAGCUUAACCUGCCGCGCGUGCAGGAGCAGGUGACCAAGGUCCGCACGGGAUCACCUGUCGGCAAGCACGUCUCGCGCUGGCACCGCCACCACGAAACGCCUGUGCCCGUGGAGGCUCUGCCUGAGGAAGCCCAGCAACUCAAGGAGAUGAUCCUGCGUACGCACAAGGUCAAGCUCACGCGCUUCAGCCUGAGCCACAUGAAGAAGCGCGUCGUGCCGCCCGUCGAAAUCCCCAAGGAGAUGAACAGCCACCGCGCGCUGUCCACGACCGUCGCUGGCCGUAGCGUGCCGCUCACGCGCUGCAUGUGGGACAACACCAAGCGCAAGACACACCACAUGGAGCAGAUCUCCGAGUCGUACCCGCUGCACUGCACGCUCUUCCGGUGAGAGCCCUCACUGCAGGCCAAUACCAGCGCCCAACAGCAAACAGCAAUAGCAGCAACAGCCAAGCAAAAACGUCAACAGAAUGACUAUAGACUAGCGAACACCCACGGCAGCGGUUCCGCCGACCGCCGUAUAUACACUAUUUAAACACGAAAGUUUGAAAAACAAUCCGA